AUGACGACAGUGAUUCCGAACUUGAACUUGAACCUGCCUUACCUUCAUCUCAUCCUUUUUUUUCUACAUCCGUCUGAUAAUCCUGGUAUUAUGUUAGUAGCUAAACAAUUUAAUGGUUCAUGCUUUGGGGCUUGGAGGAGAGGGAUCAUUAUAGCUUUGUCUGCAAAAAAAAAAAAGAUAGGUUUCAUCAGUGGUGCAUAUGUUAAACCAUCUCUUACUUCUUCACUAUACGAACCAUGGGAACAGUUUAAUAAUAUGGUGAUUAGCUGGAUUUUGAAUUCUCUAGAUCCGAGCAUAGCACAAAGUGUGAUAUAUUCCAAAUCUGCUAAAAGUCUUUGGGAUGAAUUGAAUAAGAGAUAUGGUCAAUCCAAUGAUGCUAGGAUGUAUGAGGUACAGAAGGACUUGAACUCUAUCUCUCAAGGUUCCUCUGAUGUCAGUGGUUAUUCUACUAGGAUAAAAAGGUUGUGGGAUGAGAUGGAAUCUCUAGAUGCUGACUCUUAUUCAUAUAGUAAUGCUCGGGGAAACAUUCUUAUGAUGGAGUCUCUUCCAGACAUCAGUAAAGCUUACUCACUGAUUAUUCAGGAUGAGAAGCAAAGGGGUAUACAUAAUGUGACAAGCUACAAUCAAAAAGCACCACAAUCUGUCAAUCCUAAUCAGAGAUACAAUUUCAACAACCGCACAACUCAGAAUUUCAACAAUCCUACUACUCAGAAUUUCAAUAAUCAGAAGGGUUAUGUUGACCCUAAGAAGUUGUUUUGCAAGUAUUGCAAGAAAAACGGGCAUGUGAUAGAAAAAUGCUACAAACUUCAUGGUUUUCCUCAAAAUUUCAAGUUUGGAAAUAAGAAUGUGCGGAUUGCUGCUAAUGUGCUUUCUUCUGCGGAUCCAAAAUCUUAUGGUGGUCCUGACACUGCUCUUUCCCCAAAUACAAUUACUCCAGAACAAUACGAGCAGAUCAUGAAUAUUCUUCAAAAUGUUCAGGUUGAUGAUCCACAGAAUCAGAAUCAGUCCGUCUCUAGUGCAACUAAUUUUACAGGUAUACUGCCUAUUAUUCUCUCUCAAUCUACAGGAGUUGUGCUUGUCUAAGUAGUGUGCUAAAUUCUGAUACUUGGAUUUUAGAUUCUGGAGCAUCAGA